AUGACAAAGAAACGUCGUAAUAAUGGUCGUAGUAAACAUGGACGUGGCCGUGUUCGUUCAGUUAAUUGUACCAACUGUCGCCGAUUAGUACCAAAAGAUAAGGCCAUUAAGAAAUUGAUCAUUCGAAAUAUUGUUGAACAAGCUGCUGUUAAAGAUUUAAGUGAAGCUAGUGUUUAUACUAAAUAUAUUCUACCAAAACUUUACUAUAAACUACAUUACUGUGUUUCAUGCGCUAUUCAUAGCAAGGUUGUUCGUAAUCGAUCGAGAGAAGCACGACGAAUUCGUACACCACUCUUACGACCACAACAAAAUCGUCAACCAGGUGCAGCUGGUGGAGCUGGACAAGGAAAUACUGGCCCAGGUGGUCAUCGUGGUGGAAAUAAAGAAGCACCACAACCAGCUAAUAUUCCUGUUGCUAAAACAUAA